AUGGAUCCAUUUUUUUAACUAAAGGAAUUUAUUUUCACAGUGAAUGAUUUAAAAAACAAUGAUAUGGGAAUUUUAUAUGGAAUUUGGUCAAAAUACAAUCCACUAGGUAUAACUUAAUAAAUAAGGCUGGUUGGAUUAAUGGAUAGCAACUGUUUUCAUUAUUUUAACAUUAGGGGAGAAUCUGGAAGUCCGUACUUAAUUCUUUACGAUUGUCUCUCCCCUGAAAAAACAAUUUAUAGGUUUUUAGCUUAUAAUACUGCUGAUGGCUAAUAACAUGAACAAUCUUUGAAAAUAGAUCCAUUUGAAUAUGAAAAUGUUUGGUAUUUAUUUUUAUUUCAAUAUUGGUAUAUGGACAAUAAACUUGAAUAUAUGAUAGGAAAAAACGAAUAAGCUUUUUGGCAUUACAAAAUUUUAGAUGCACAUAUAUUUCAAAUAGAGAAUCUUAUCCUAAAUGUAGGAGGUGGCUUAAUUGUACAACAUUCUAAUUUCAAAUCUAUUGAAAUUGGAUCAAAAAUUUCAUAUUUUCCAGGAAGGAUGUAUGGAAUUUAGUCUUUUAUGGAAUUAAUAGAAUUAAAUAAUUUUUAAUAAAAUUAUUACCUUUAAAACUAUUAAUUUUUUUUGCCUUCAUUAAAUUGCGAUAGCAAUUAUGAUAAUUUAAUUUAAGAUUUUAAUUUAAAUUUUUUUGAUAUAAAGAUAUAUGGCUCAUAAAAUAUAAAUAGUGAUACUUUUACUUUUGUUGGCUGGUUUAGAAUAAAAGAGAUACAUCAAGUUGAUGAUGAGUUCACUUUUCAGUUUUUCAAAAUAACACCAAAUAUAGAAAUUGAAAAAUUUUUGAAUCCUAAUUUAGCACCAUUUUAAUUAUUUUAUAGAGUGUCUUAUUAAAACUAUUUCAUAAUUUUUACUACAUAUAGUUAUAACUUUCCUUCUGUAGCUUUAGAUUUCGAUAGUAGUGAUAAUAAUUUUCUUUUAACAAGGGAGUUUUAAAUCCAUCAUUCAAUAUUUAUUUGGCACAAAUUAUUCGUAAGUUUUAGAUCUAAUUAAAUUUUGAUAGAAAUAAAAUUUUAUGAAUCUUUUUAAAUUUAUGAAUACUCUUAUACAUAUAAUGUUAAUUAAUUCAAAAACAUAUAAUUUAAAUUGCUAUUUGGAAAUUUAUUGAAAUAGAAGAAUUAUUUUAAUAUUGAGACAAGGAAAAAAAUAUUUUUAAAUUGUGAUGAUUUUAUAGAAUAAUAAAAUUGUGAUUAUUCAUGCGAAGAUUGUGAUGGUCCAACAAGGACAAAUUGUUUGUCUUGCUCAAUAUUAUCAUAAAGAAUAUACCUUAAAGAAUAAAAAGCUUGCAUUUGUCCAUUUAAUUAUUUAGAUGAUCAAAUAAACUCAAAGUGUAAAUCAAACUUUGAUUAGAAGAUCUAAAUUAAUUCUUUACAAAAAGAAAAUGAAUGUGAAUUUGGUUAUUUUGAAUUUGAAGACUUUUGUUAUGCUUGGUAUAUUUUUAAUCAUAUUAAAGUCCUUAAAUAAUUUCUAAUAAAUUAAUAUCCUGUUUGGAUUGUAUAUAAAAUGUAAAAGGAUGGUAUUAAAAUUUGACAUGCUCUACAACUGCUUACAUUGACCCAAAUGGAAAAACAGCAUAAACAACUUCUUAUUCAAAAUAAUAUUACUCUUAUGAUGGUUCUGAAUUUUUUUUAUGCAGAUAUUGCAAUGAAUAAUCAUCUUUUGAUGGUUCUAAUAUUUAUGAUGAUUUUUAAAUUUCUUAAAAAAGUUUUAAAUCAUUCAAUUAAUUUAACAGGGAUUUAACAGAUAACUUUGAUAUCGAAAAAUAUUAUGAAUGCUCAAUAGAACUGUGCAUAACUUGUUCAAUAUCAAUUACUAAGAUUAAUUGUAUUAAGUGUAAAAGCAAUCUUGAAAUAAUAGAUGGAAAAUGUAUAUUAUAGAGUUCCUUAAUCAAAUAUUUUAAAUAUAAGGAUUGUCAAACCCCAUUUUAUAUAAAUUCAAAAGGAGAUUGUAAAUUAUGUCCAAUUUAAAAUUGCAAAUAUUGUUUUGAGUAUAUUUAAGAUGAUUUAUCCAAAUGCACUUUAUAUAGUGAUUUUUAAAAAUUUUAUAUUGAUGAAUUAGUUAGUGUUGGAUGUGCUCUGUGUGAAUAUGAUUAUAUUUUUGAUUUUACUAUGGGUAAAUGUAUCUAUGGAGAACCAUAAAUUAGAAAUUGUUUGAGGUCAUAUAUAAACUUUUAAAAUUAAGAAAUAUGUACUUUAUCAUCUACUGAUUUUAAUGUUGCACCAGAAAUAAUUAAUUGUAAUAAAUUCAUUUCCAACUGUUUACAAUGUAUUUUCACUCCUCAAUAGUCAAUUAGAUGUAUUGUUUGUUAAAGUGGAUAUACUAGUUCUAUAAUAUUAGGGAAUUGUUAUCCAAAUUAAAUUACUAAUUCAAAAAUAGUAAUUGAAGGAGAUACUUUGAUUUAUGAUUCUUGGGUUUAAAGAGUGUAGAGUUUUAUGAUAAAAUUCCUACCAAAUUAGUAUUAUUAUUAAAGAUCUUAUAAUUAUAUUCGUCCGAUAGAAUCUGAAGUAGAAUGUAAUGAUGGGUAUAGAUGGGAUCCUUAUUUAAAUUGUGUAAAAGAUUGUGCUCCUGAUUGUUUAAAAUGUUCAUAUUCAAUCUUUUAAUUCGAAUUUUAUUGUGAAUUAUGCUAAUUAAAUAGUUAUUAUUAACCUAUUCGUAGUGAACAAUUGGGAGAAUGUUUUGAAUGCCCAGAAUUAUGUGAAGUUUGUUAAUAAAGAUCUAUUGAUGAAAUCAAAGUAAAUUAUUUAUUUAUUCAUAGGACUUAAAUCCUAUGUUUAUAAUUAAAGAAAAUAACCGUAAAUACACUCUGAAAUGUAUUAAAACAAUCUCAAAUCCAAAUGUAAUUAUUGAUCCAUAUUAUUAAAUUGCAAAGUAUUGUUUUUAAUACAAUUGCAAAUCAGAAUUCACAUAUGAAUCCUCUGAAAAAUACAAAAAAAAUAUCAAAAACUUUGAUUAAAAUUUUGAUAUCAAUUAUUUUAACUAAAUUGGAAUUUAGUUCUUUACUUUAUUAUUAAAUGAAGAUAAAGUCGACUUUGAUAAGAGUUUUUAAAAUUAUUACUUAACCACAUAAUUGAAAUAAGAUAUCUUUAGUUUAUAAAUCAUUAAAUUAGUAGUAAAUCUUUCUUAAAAUUCGAUUACAUCAACUGAGAUCUCUAAUUUUGAUUAAAUAGAAAUUUAUAAUGGAAUUUUUUAAAUUUAUAGAAACAAGUGGUUUUCAUUUUAUAAUCAAAAAAAGAAAAUCAAUUUAUUAUUUAAUACAAUUCUUUUUAAGGAAAGUUACAUUUAAGAUUUUACAUCUAUAUUUGAUUCAGAAUUUAUUGGAGAUAUUACAUUUAAUAAUAUAUAAAUUAAACAUUCCAAAUUCAACAACUCUUCAUUAUUAAGUGUUAAAAAUCAAUAGCUGAUUGGAAAUCUAAAAAUUUUUUAAAUGAUUGUAGAAAAUUGUACCUUCAUUAACUCACAAUUCUUUUAAUUUUAUAAUAAUCAAGUCUAAAUAUUAAUUGAAUAAUUAGUAAUUAAUAAUUGCACAUUUAUAAAUUCUUCAUUAAUUACCUUUAUAGAUAUUUUAUCUGAAAAUAGCUUUUUGAAAAUUAAUGGACUUAUCUUCACUUCUAAUAAUGUUUUAUCAUCAUAUCUCUUAAACUGUACUAAUAAGCUUUAUAUAGAAAUAAUCAAUUUUAAGUUUGAAUAAAAUUAGAUACAAUUAUCAACAAUAAUAGGAUUUAAUUCAAAUUUCACUUUAUAAUCAACUUUGGUAAAUAAAAAUACUUUCAUUUAAUCAAAAUUUUGUACCAAUCUCAACCUAGAAAUAAAAUAUAGCAUUUAUUGUUAAAUUAAAAAUUAUGAAGCAAAUGAAAACUAUUUUUCAAGUUCGAACCUAUUUUUUAUAGAAUCAAGUAGCUAUAUGCAUUUUUAUUUAAGAUUGAUAUCAAUUAAAAAAAAUUUUAAAUUGGAUAACUAAGAGAAUCAAGUGAGUUUGUUUAAUAUAAAUUGCUUUAAUUUGUUAAUUGAGAAUAUUCAAAUAAUUAAUUCAGAUGAUCUAAAUAUAUUCUACUGUAUUUAAGUUACUAAUAUUAUUGCUUCAAAUAUUCUUUAUAAAAAUCUCAAAAUAAAUAAUAAGAUGCCUUUUAAUAUUUAUUGUUAAGAACUUGUAACCUUAAAAAACUAACUCUUCUUAAUUAUAGGGUACAAUAACAUUAUCAUAAGGAGUGUUGAAGUUAUAUAAUAAUUUACUAUAGAUUCAUCAAUAAUUGAAAUAAAUUCUGAUCAUAGAUUUUCCAGUAGUUUGAAAAAAAAGAUUGAAUUGAUUGACUUUAAGUUUAUUGGAAAUUCUUUAUAAAAACGAUUUUAAUAUAUUUAUAUAUCUCUAAUUACUAUCCUUACAGAAUAAUUAACUGAAAUUUACUUAAGAGAUUUAUUAUUUUAAGAAAACUCUUUUCAUUAAUAUACUAAUGAUGCAUUAAAAUCAUCUGGAAGUUUGAUUCAAAUAAUAUAGAAUGUAGGCUAAAUUUAAAUUAAUAAUCUUUAUUGUUAAUAUAAUAUGCUGACUAAUAGUAUGAUUUCAUUUUUGGCUUUAAAAUCUGAGACUAUUAAAAUACAAAAUUUUACCGUUAAAAACCACAAUAAGCUACCUUUAGAAUUAUGGUAAUUAUAUUAUGAUUUAUAAACUGAAAAUUUGAAAAAGGAAUAAAAUUAGGAAUAUGUUAAUUCAUUAAUUUAGUAAACUUUUUAAAUAAAAAGUAAAUGUGCCGCUGCUGAAAUAAUUGCAUCUUAAUUUUCAUGUUUUAAUUGUUUAUUUGAAGAUAUAAUUGGUUUGAAAAGUUCUGUAUUUCAAAUUGAGACUUUUUUAGAAGGUAUUAUUUAAUUCUAAAAUUUAACUAUUAAUUCCUCUGAAUAUGAUUUGAGUUAGAGUAUUGAAAGUUCAGGUUCAAUAACUAUCGAUUCAUCUAUUAGUCUUCUUAAGUUAUCAAUCCUAAAUGCUAAUUUUAUUAAUGUAUUUAAUCGUAUGGCAGUAGCUAUUUUGACAAUAAUACCAUCAAAUCAAUCAAAUUAUGUAAUUAUAUAGAAUAUUACAAUUACUAAUUGCAUUUCAUUAAAGAAUUCGAUAAUUAUUAUAUAGUUUUCAUCAUAAAAUAUAGAUUAAAAUAAAGUUGUAAUAUAAAAUGUGAAAAUACUAUAUUAAGAAGAGGAAUGGAUUAAUUACUUUGGAAAGACUGGAAUGCUUAAAGAUUCUGAAAUUACAGAUAUAACUGAUAUCUCUAAUUCUUUGAUGCAAUUUAAAAAUUGUAAACUCAUUCUACAAAACCUUCAUAUUUCUGGUUUUUUUAGUUUUCCUUUAAUAAGAUUAAUUAAUAUUUCAAAAUUAUUAAUAACUUAACUGUGGAUUUUUUAAAUAUAAUAAUUUUAUCCAUUCAAUCUGUUAGAAUUCCAUUAAGAUUAAUCAAUAGAUUAAAUAUUACAAAUAAAGCUUGUUUAUUUUUAAUAAGUUUCAGAUUACAAAAUAUCUUAGAAUCGUAUUUUUUCCAAUUCUAAAUAUAAUUAUGGGUUUGCUAGAUGUUUAUUAGUUGAAAGUAAAAUAUAGAAACCUAUAAUUUAUGAUUUUGAAUCCAUCAUAAAACUCAUGUAAUUAAUUGAAGGAUCAACCUCAUUAAUUGAAUUUAAAUCUAAUUCAAAUUAAACUACUGUUUAUCUUUAAAAUAUGUUUAUAUUGUUAAAUAAUUGCUAUUAUUGUUCAUAAGGAUUGCUUUAUAUAAAUUUUGAAAAUCAAAACUUAAUAAAUAUUAGAGAUAUCUUUUGUUAUUCUAAUAAUAUUAAUAAUUAUGGAUGUAUAAAUAUAGUGACAGCUUCUAUAAAUAAUCAUAAUAUUCUAAUUAAGAAUUCUGAUUUUCUCUAUAAUAAUGGCACUUCUGGUGUUGCUAUAUUUUCAUAAAACAUUUCUAUAUAAAUAAAUUAGUGUAAAAUAUUAAAAAAUAUAGCGAGUUAUUAAGGUGGAGGAUUAUAUUUGAAUCUAAAUAAUAAAAAUUUUCUGAUUAAAAAAUCCAUUAUAAUAAAUAAUUUUGCUUAAGAAGGAGGAGGAAUAUAUUUUUAUGAAAACGGAAACAUCGAUUAAGAUAAUUUUGUUUAGUCAUUUUUGUAAUUUAACAAAGCACAUAUUUUUGGAAAUAAUUUAGUAGAAUUUCCAACUCAUAUUGAUUUAUUUAUUAAUUUUUAAGAGAUGUAAUCACAAGAAUUAGAGUUUGAAAAUAUUACUAUAAGAAGUUUAAAGCUUAAUCCUUAUAAAAUAAUUGAAUAAGGAAUUAGUAAAAAGAGCUAUUAUUUGAUGCUGCCAAGCUAUCAAGUUGCAAAAGAUUAUUAAAUUUUCAUACCUUAGAAACAAUUGUUGAAGAAAAUAUUUAAUUAAUUUUAACUAUAAUUAAAAAAUAUUAGAAAUGAAGUAUUAUUUAAUAUUUAGAAUUUCUCAUGUUAAAUUUCAUAGAAUAUUGCUGAAUAAAAUAAAUUUAAUUUAUUAAAUGAGUUUAAAACAAUGAUUAAUAUUGAUACUAAUACUGAAAAUAACAGCUAUGAUUUAGGAUCUAUUAAAUUCCAUUUUAAUCCAUAUUAAGAUAAUAAAUAUAUUUAAUAACUAUUUGUUAGUUGCUCUAAACCUAAUUCAAAAAGGAAAUUAUAAUAUCUAAUAAAUACUAAAAGUUUUAAAUGUUAAUUGGGAGAAUUUUUUGUUGAAGGAGGAUGUUAAAAAUGUGAAUCAACAUAUGGAUUUUAUUCAGUUACUUAUAAUGCUACAAAAUGCUCAAUAUUUGAUAAAACAAAAUUUGCUGAUAUAACUUCAAAUUCUAUUUAAUUAUUAAAAGGAUAUUGGAGACCAGAUUUUUAGUCAGAUUACUUUGAUGUUUGUUUUAAAAACAUGAAAUUUUGUGAAGGAGGUUGGAAGGUUGGAAAUGAUUUAUGUAGUUUGGGACAUUUAGGAGGAUUAUGUGAAGAAUGUGAUAAUCAUAAUAUUAGAGGGUAAGGAAAGUUUUUCAAAGAUUAAUAAGAUUCUAAAUGUUAUGAUUGUGUUGAUAGUGCCCAUUAUAUAACAGGAAUCCUUGCAGCAUGUAUUUGGUAUUAAUUUAAUUUAUUUAAGGGCCAUUUUUUCUAUAUUAUUAACAUUAAAAAGUAUAGAAAAAUCAACCUUAUUAUUUAAUUCACUUAAAAUUGGACAAAAACAUAGUAAAAUCUUAUUUAAAUUAAAUUAAGGUACUUUUAAUUAUUUAUAAUUUUAGAUUUAGAAAGCAUUCUUAUUAAAAUGUUGCUUAAUUAUUUUUGGAUAUUUUCAGUCAUAUUUACUUUUAACAUUUAGUUUUCUAUUUCAUUUUCUUUUGUUGAUUAAACAAGCAAUACUUCUAAUUUUAUUGCAUUCAAUCUCGAUUGUUUUCUAUCAGAUUUAUCUCAAAUUGAAAUCAUCUAUACUAGAAUUAUUACUACACUAGUGUUGAUAUUUUUUCAAUUUGUUAUAAUUACUUUUGGUUACAUAAUUUACUCAUUUGUUACAAAUAAGAAAUUUGAUAAUAGCGUCAUUUCAAAUACAUUAUUAUACCUUUAUGUAUCAAAUUAUUCUGGAUUAAUUAAAUAGUAUUAUAUUCUUUCUAAAUAGAUUUGGUUCAAUAUUAUCUAUGAGAAUAAUAUCAAAUAUUGAUUAUAUUUAAGGAGAUGUCAAAUUAAAAUUUGGUUCUCAAGAUCAUGUUUCUUGGAUAUAUUAUUUUGCAAUUCCAGGAAUAGUAAUAUUUGGGUUAUUUAUACCCUUUUUGUUGUUUUUCCUUAUGCUUAUCAAAAAAGGAAAACUUGAUAAAAUUAAACUUAGAAGACAUAUUUGCUAUUUGUUUAAUGAAUAUAAUGAUUAAAGUUACUUCUGGGAAUUAAUAAAGUUCUCUAAGAAGACUAUUAUUAUACUUCUUCUGACAGUUUUCGAAUCCAAUAUAUUGUUUAAAGCAACUUUGUUAGGAUUGUGUUUAUUAAUUUAUUAGAUAUUUUCAGACUAAUAAUAACCAUAUAUAAUUUCAAGUUUAAAUAAGUUAGAUCUAUCAACUGGAUAAAUUUGUUCUUUUGCUAUAUUCAUUGCAACUUCACUCUACUUAAGUGAACAAGAAAAAAUUGAAAAUUUAAUUACUAAUUUAUUGCAAAUUUUAAUUGUUCUUCUUAGUAUAAGGCUAAUAUACCCAUUUGUAUUAAAUAUUGUUAAAGUUUACUAUAAGAAAUAUAAGGUCACUCUAUUGAAGUUACUUUAUAUAAUAUUACAUUACAUAAUUCCUACUUCUUAAUUAACAAAAUAUCUUAAAUAAAAACUGAAUUCAUGGGAAAUUAAAGAAAAUAAGUUAAAACAACAUUUUAUUUUAUUAAAAGAAUAUUUGUUGGCCAUAUCUAAAUCUUAAAUUUAAUAUUAAAGGUAAUUAUAAGUUCUAAAAUUUAGGUCUUAAAAUUCUUAAAAUAAAAAGCCAUAACGAUGGAAUAAGUAAAUAUUGAAAUCUUUUUUUAAUGAAUAAACUUGA